CCAGCAGGGUGACAUCCGCUUUUGCAGCCUCUCUACUCCCCCACUCUUCCUCAGAACCUCUCUGGACCAAAUCCCUUCCAGCCCCCAACCCACCAUGCUCCCUCCAGGCAACAUCCUGCUCCUGCUUUUGCUCCCAGUGGCUGCAGCUCAGGUAACUCCAGGUUCCUAUUCCGGAUGUGGGCCCCUCCCUCUGCCACUUCUGGCAGGCCUUGUGGCUGCUGAUGCUGUGGUGUCUCUGCUGAUCGUGGUGGUGGUGUUUAUGUGUGCCAGCCCACGUGGCAGGCCCACCCAAGAAGAUGGCAAGGUCUACAUCAACAUGCCUGGCAGGGGCUGACCCCUGUAACUGGGACCUCUGACUUCUGACCCUCUCAUCCUGGAUUGUGCGUGGUGGCACAGGAAACCUAUUCAAUAAAGCGACUGAAAUACC